UGGCGGUAGACGCAGGCGUCGCGCGCUACGAUGUCGCAAAACUGGGUCCCGCCCGACAUAUCCGAGGUCUGCACCGAGCAGAGCGCGCCGCUCACACAAUGUUCCCAACUCGGUUUUAUGUACUUAUCUCUCCUCGCGCAAUUGUUUGGAAACUCCGCGGACAGAUCGUACAAUCCGUACCGAGAUUAUGAAUUUUCUGAUACACCGCUAGGUCCAACCCUCGAACCGAGCCGAAGCGGGUUCUCAAUCAAUCACAACACACAAACCCGAAGUCACGGACCAAUCGGGAGCUACGGAUAUUCGGAAUCGUCGUUUUAUUUGAAACCGGAAUUCGAUUUUCAAAAACCUUACAAUCCGAGCUUUUAUUCGCCGAGUUACUACAAUUAUGGUAAACGAUUCGACGCUGAUGUGGCCGAGUCGAAAGUGAGUCGACAGAAGAAGAGUCGGAAGAAGAGAGUGGAGGUAGACUUUGACUUUAUUGUUGUUGGCGCGGGUUCGGCUGGAUGUGUUGUUGCGAAUCGAUUGUCGGAAGUUAAGAAAUGGCGGGUGCUACUGCUAGAAGCUGGUCCUGAGGAGCCAGACGUCACCAGCGUGCCAGCGCUCGCUCCAGCACUAGGCCGGUCCAGUAUUGACUGGAUGUACCGCACCCAGCCUGAAGAACUGACUUGCAGAGCCCAGAGAGGACAGACCUGUCAAUGGUUGAGUGGACGCGUGAUGGGGGGAUCCAGUGCCACAAACUAUAUGGUAUACAUGAGAGGUAAUAGGCGAGACUACGAUGACUGGGCAGCACUCGGAAAUGACGGUUGGAGCUAUAAUGAUGUGUUACCUUACUUCAGGAAAUCGGAGAAUAAUCGAAACAUCGAAUCUAAAGACACAAGAUAUCAUGGUACAAACGGUCAAAUGAAUGUAGAAAGAUUUUCCUUUGCUGACAAAAAUGUAAACAUGUUAGUCGAGAGUUUUAAUGAAACUGGACUUCCUUUAGUUGAUUUUAACGGCCCCAGUCAAAUAGGAACUAUGAUUACGCAAACAACUACUCAUAGAGGAAGAAGAGUAUCAACUAACACGGCUUUCAUAAGGCCCAUUAGGAACGUAAGACCCAAUCUUACUAUAAGAACCAAUUCUCAAGUAACGAAAAUUAUUAUAGAACCGUACACCAACAAAGCUUGUGGCGUGAAAUAUAUAAGAAAUGGUAUUUGGAGAGAAGUCAGGGCUAGUAAAGAAGUUAUUAUAUCUAGCGGAUCGUUGAACACUCCUAAAAUCCUCAUGUUGUCUGGAAUAGGACCAAAGAAUGAUCUAGAAGAAUUAGGGAUAACUGUUAUAAAAGAUUUGGAAGUCGGUCAGAAUUUACAAGAUCAUGCCACAACUGACGCAAUGCUGAUGGCGUUAACCAACGAUACCUCGACACUUUUACACGGAGAAGAACUUUUACAUAGAAUUAAAGACUAUCAUAGAACGAGAAGUAAGAACGAUCCCCUAUCAGCAACAGGACCUUUGCAAUUAACUGCGUUUUUCCGUACUGAAUUUGCUGAUAAAGACAAAAGUGUACCGGACAUUCAGUUCCAUUUCGAUGGAAGAAAUUUGAGAAUUUACUCCGACCCCACUACGUACUUAGCUAGUGGGGUACUGCCUCUCUCGUUUUACGAUAGCAUUAACGUUCGACCCAUUCUCCUGGUCCCAGAAAGUCGAGGAUACCUGACCUUGAACAAAACACAUCCAGUAUUUGGUCAGCCGUUAAUCUAUCCAAGAUUCUUUACCAUCCAAAAAGAUUUGGACACUUUAGUAGCGGCAUUGAAAUUUAUCACGAAAUUGGAGAAAACGAAAGCGUUUAGAGACAACGGAGUGAAAUUUGUAAGGAAGCCUGUGAAAGCAUGCUCUAAAUACCAAUGGGGAACCGACAAGUAUUUUGAAUGCUUAUUUAUCAGUUACACUACGACUAUAUUUCAUCCUUCAGGAACUUGUAAGAUGGGACCUCCACGAGAUAGAAAUGCUGUUGUUAGUCCCAGAUUGAAGGUAUAUGGUAUUGAAAAUCUCAGAGUUGCUGAUAAUUCUAUAAUGCCAACAAUAGUAAGAGGUAACACUAAUGCUCCUGCAAUCAUGAUUGGUGAAAAGGCAGCGGAUAUGAUAAAGGAAGAUUGGAAGAAAGAUAUAAAUUAUGAAAAUUGUUAGUUAAUUUGUAGAAAUUUAGUAAAUUUAUUUGUUUAUGUAGAAUAGUUAGAAAAUGCUUCAAAUAGUUGAUAGGAAACGUCAUUAAUAUAUUAGAUAAAAUUCGGUAGGUAAAUUUUAUUUCAUGAGUUAUAAGGUGGUCUUAAUAUAUAUUUUUAUUUGAC